UGCCUCAUCAGGAACCAAACCUGCCUCAUCAGGAACCUCACCUGUCCCAUCAGGAACCUCACCUGUCUCAUCAGGAACCUCACCUGUCUCAUCGGGAACCUCACCUGUCCCAUCAGGAACCUCACCUGCCUCAUCAGGAACCUCACCUGUCCCAUCAGGAACCUCACCUGUCCCAUCAGGAACCUCACCUGCCUCAUCAGGAACCUCACCUGCCCCAUCAGGAACCUCACCUGUCCCAUCAGGAACCUCACCUGCCUCAUCAGGAACCUCACCUGUCUCAUCAGGAACCUCACCUGUCCCAUCAGGAACCUCACCUGCCUCAUCAGAACCUCACCUGUUCCAUCAGGAACUUCACCUGUCCCAUCAGGAACCUCACCUGUCCCAUCGGGAACCUCACCUGCCCCAUCGGGAACCUCACCUGUCCCAUCGGGAACCUCACCUGUCCCAUCAGGAACCUCACCUGCCUCAUCAGGAACCUCACCUGUUCCAUCAGGAACCUCACCUGCCCCAUCAGGAACCUCACCUGUUCCAUCAGGAACCUCACCUGCCCUAUCAGGAACCUCACCUGUUCCAUCAGGAACCUCACCUGUUCCAUCAGGAACCUCACCUGCCUCAUCAGGAACCUCACCUGUCCCAUCGGGAACCUCACCUGCCUCAUCAGGAACCUCACCUGUUCCAUCAGGAACCUCACCUGCCCCAUCAGGAACCUCACCUGUUCCAUCAGGAACCUCACCUGCCCCAUCAGGAACCUCACCUGCCUCAUCAGGAACCUCACCUGUUCCAUCAGGAACCUCACCUGCCCCAUCAGGAACCUCACCUGUUCCAUCAGGAACCUCACCUGUUCCAUCGGGAACCUCACCUGCCCCAUCGGGAACCUCACCUGCCUCAUCAGGAACCUCACCUGUUCCAUCAGGAACCUCACCUGCCCCAUCAGGAACCUCACCUGUUCCAUCAGGAACCUCACCUGCCCCAUCAGGAACCUCACCUGUUCCAUCAGGAACCUCACCUGUUCCAUCGGGAACUUCACCUGUCCCAUCGGGAACCUCACCUGCCUCAUCAGGAACCUCACCUGCCUCAUCAGGAACCUCACCUGCCCCAUCAGGAACCUCACCUGUCCCAUCAGGAACCUCACCUGUCCCAUCAGGAACCUCACCUGUUCCAUCGGGAACCUCACCUGUUCCAUCGGGAACCUCACCUGCCUCAUCAGGAACCUCACCUGUCUCAUCAGGAACCUCACCUGUCCCAUCAGGAACCUCACCUGCCCCAUCAGGAACCUCACCUGUCCCAUCAGGAACCUCACCUGCCCCAUCAGGAACCUCACCUGUCCCAUCAGGAACCUCACCUGCCCCAUCAGGAACGUUUUUAGAACCGGAUCAGAACCAAAACCUAAUGGGAGGAGUCGGCUGCAAACUGGCGAGUGUUUGAUGGGAUGUUUUUUCUUACCUGU